UCUUGUUCCUAGUCUCUCUCUCUCUCUGUCUCUGUCGCUCUCUGUCUCUUCGGCUGACUGUGCGUGGGACCCCCCGCCCUCCUUCCCAAACAGCGGCACCAUUAGUCUUUACUUGCAAGCUCAUCCACCUCCCUUCUCAUCUCCUUCUAUCUCUCUCUCUCUCUCUCUCUCUACCCCCUCUGCAACUCUCUUAUCAACUCUUCUCCACCACCACCACCACCACCACCACAAAGGAGGAAGAAGAAGAAGAAGAUGAAAGGCGAGUAUUUACACCCCAAGAAGACCAGCUCCCCCAACCAAACCGCCAUGUUCUCCAACCUCCACCACCCCCGUCCCUUCUCCCACCGCUUCCAACUCGACGACGACCCCUCCUCCACCACCACCUCCCCCGCCCCCGCCGCCCCACCCAACAAGCCCAAACCCGCCGCCGACCAUCCCAACCCCGCCGGCGACGGCGCCUCCAUCGAGGUCGUCCGCCGCCCCCGCGGCCGGCCCCCGGGCUCCAAGAACAAGCCCAAGCCCCCCCUCUUCAUCACCCGCGACCCCGAGCCCACCAUGGCCCCCUACAUCCUCGAGGUCCCCGGCGGCUCCGACGUCGUCCACUCCAUCUCCUCCUUCUGCCGCCGCAAGGGCAUCGGCCUCUGCGUCCUCGCCGGCUCCGGCGCCGUCGCCAACUUCACCCUCCGCCACCCCUCUUCCUCCUCGCCUGGCGCCACCAUCACCUUCCACGGCCGCUUCGACAUCCUCUCCAUCUCCGCCACCUUCGUCGCCCCCCAGGUGGCCUCGUCCACCUUCUUCGUGCCCGACGGGUUCAAGAUCUCCGUCGCCGGCCCCCAGGGCCAGAUGCUCGGCGGCUCCGUGGCCGGGCCCCUCGUGGCCGUCGGGCCCGUCUUCGUGGUGGCGGCGACGUUCAACAACCCUUCCUUCCACCGGCUGCCGGCCGAGGAGGACGACGGCGGCGGCGGCGGCGGGAGCAGCUCGCUGUCCGGCAGGGGUGGGGACGGGCACUCGCCGCCGGCUUCGGGAGGCGGCGAGAGCGCGCACCCGCCCCCGCAGCCGACGGCGGCGGAUUCUGGGGUGUCCAUGUACAGUUGCCAUUUGCCGUCCGAUGUGAUAUGGGCUCCAGCUCCGAGGCAAGCACCGCCUUACUGAUUAUUCUUUCUUUCUUUCUUCUUUUGGGGAGCGGGGAGGCCUCUGUCAUCAGCUGUCUGUUGUGGUUAGUUUAGUUGAAUUUUCCGUUUCAGGGUUCUGAUUUUGCGACACUGUGAAUCCUUUUUAGUUCAUUGCCUUUGCUCUAUUGGAUUGACUUUUAGUUGUAAUAAAAGGUCGAGAGAUGUUUUCUUCUUC